CUAAUGACUGCCUCGAUCGGAAGACACUGAGCUGAGAAUCCUCCCGAACAAAGCUGACAUUGGAAACCAUGAACGACACAGUGAUGAAGGGCUUCAACGGGUCUGAGAGGUGCCCCAGGGACAUGCAGGCGGCACACCUGGUGUUCCCAGCCAGCUACACUGUCGUCUUCUUCGCGGGCACCCUGCUGAACACUUUGGCCCUGUGGGUGUUCAUUCACAUCCCCAGCUCCUCCACCUUCAUCGUCUACCUCAAAAAUACUUUGGUGGCCGACCUGAUAAUGACGCUCAUGCUUCCGUUUAAAAUCCUCUCAGACGCGCGCCUCGGACCCUGGCAGCUCAGAGCCUUUGUGUGUCGUUUCUCUGCCGUCGUCUUUUAUGAGGCCAUGUAUGUGGGCAUCACCCUGCUGGGGCUCAUAGCCUUUGACAGGUUCCUCAAGAUCAUCAGACCUUUUGGAAAAUUUUUCGUACAAAAACCUGCUUUUGCAAAAGUGGUCUCAACCCUCAUCUGGAUCUUUUUGUUCUUCCUCUCCCUGCCAAAUAUGAUCUUAAGCAACAAGGAAGCAACACCGUCAUCUGUGAAAAAGUGUGCCUCCUUAAAGGGUCCUCUUGGGCUGAAAUGGCAUGCAGUGUGUACAGAAAGGCAACAGAUAAAUAGACAUUUCUCCAAAGAAGACAUACAGUGGCCAAGACACACAUGACAAGGUGUUCAACAUCACUGUAAGAGAAAUGAAAAUCAAAACUACAAUAAGGGGCUUCCCUGGUGGCGCAGUAAUUGAGAAUCCGCCUGCUGAUGCAGAGGACACGGGUUCAAGCCCUGCUCUGGGAGGAUCCUACAUGCCGUGGAGCAACUAGGCCCGUGAGCCACAACUACUGAGCCUGCGUGUCUGGAGCCUGUGCUUCGCAACAAGAGAGGCCGCGAUAGUGAGAGGCCCGUGCAGCGCGAUGAAGAGUGGCCCCCGCUUGCCACGACUCGAGAAAGCCCUUGCACAGAAACGAAGACCCAACACAGCAAAAAUAAAUAAAUAAAUAAAUAAAUUAAUUAAUAAACUCCUACCCCCAACAUCUUCUUUAAAAAAAAAAAAAAAAAAACUACAAUAAGAUAUCA